AUGAGAAGACGUGGAAGUAAAGUAAAAUUUGAUCUUGGUGGUUCUUCAAAAGAAGAAGACGAACAAAAAAAUUCAUCAACUGAAAUAGAUGAAUUUGAUCAAGAAUUAACCUUAUCAUCAUCAAUGUCAUUAUUAAACGGUGGUGAAAGUACUUCAUCAGCCAUAUCCACUUCUGCCAUGAUGUCGAACGGUGAAAAAGAAAACCCGUUAAACAUCUAUAGAAAAAUGUCUGGAAUAUCCAUAGCCGCUAUAAAAAAAUUUCGUCAAAGACCUUCAAUAUCAACUGUGAGUGAAAUAAUAACAACAGAAGAAUUUGUUGAAAAAUAUGGUGGUUCACGUGUUAUCAAUAAAGUAUUGAUUGCCAAUAAUGGAAUAGCAGCAGUUAAAUGUAUGCGUUCAAUUCGUCGUUGGUCCUAUGAAAUGUUUCGUGAAGUUCAUACUAUUAAAUUUGUUGCAAUGGUUACUCCGGAAGAUUUACGAGCAAAUGCUGAAUAUAUUCGAAAUGCUGAUCAUUAUGUAUCGGUACCUGGUGGAGCGAAUCAUAAUAAUUAUGCAAAUUGUGAAUUAAUAUUGGAUAUUGCCAAACGAUUUUCUGUUCAAGCUGUUUGGGCUGGAUGGGGACAUGCAUCUGAAAAUCCAAAACUUCCAGAAUUAUUGCAUAAAAAUGGAAUUAUAUUUAUUGGACCACCCGAACAUGCAAUGUGGGCAUUGGGAGAUAAAAUUGCAUCUAAUAUUGUUGCACAAAGUGCCAAUAUACCAACAUUACCAUGGAGCGGUUCCGAUUUAACUGUUGAAUGGAACGAAAAAGAUUUGGAGGAUAAUCGGUAUAUAACAGUGCCCAUUGAUAUUUAUAAUAAAGGACAUGUACAUGAUGUUAAACAAGGUCUUCAAAUAGCACAAAAAAUUGGUUAUCCUGUAAUGAUUAAAGCGUCUGAAGGUGGAGGUGGCAAGGGUAUUCGUAAAGCAUCUAAUGACGAAGAAUUUGUGAAUUUUUUUCGUCAAGUACAAAGUGAAGUGCCGGGUUCACCGUUAUUUAUAAUGAAAUAUGCUGAUAGUUGUCGGCAUUUAGAAGUACAAAUAUUAAGUGAUCAAAUGGGACAAGCCAUUUCAUUAUUUGGACGAGAUUGUUCAAUACAACGUCGACAUCAAAAAAUAAUUGAAGAAGCACCAGCUAUCAUUGCUCCACCAGAAGUUUUAGAAAAAAUGGAAAAAGCAGCUGUACGUUUAGCAAAAAUGGUUGGUUAUGUUAGUGCUGGUACAAUUGAAUAUUUAUAUAAUCCUAUUGAUCAAACUUAUUAUUUUCUCGAGUUAAACCCCCGUUUACAAGUGGAACAUCCAUGCACAGAAAUGAUAGCUGACGUUAAUCUACCUGCAUGCCAAUUACAGAUUGCAAUGGGAAUUCCUUUGCAUCGAAUUAAAGAUAUACGUUUACUUUAUUCUGAAGAUCCGUCGAGUGAUAGUUUAAUUAGUUUUGAUGAACCAGUUAUUAAACCACAGCCAAGAGGACAUGUUAUUGCUGCUCGAAUAACAUCAGAAAAUCCGGAUGAAGGUUUUAAACCGAGUUCUGGUACCGUUCAAGAAUUAAAUUUUCGUAGUAGUAAAAAUGUUUGGGGCUACUUCAGUGUCGCUGCUAGUGGUGGUUUACAUGAAUUUGCUGAUUCACAAUUUGGUCAUUGUUUUUCAUGGGGUGAAACAAGAGAAGAUGCACGAGAAAAUCUUGUUGUUGCUUUGAAAGAACUAAGUAUUCGUGGUGAUUUUCACUCAACUGUUGAAAUACUCAUAAAAUUACUUGAAACUGAAUCCUAUGUGGAUAAUACUAUGAAUACAAGUUGGUUAGAUGGAUUAAUAGCCGAAAAUGUUAAAACAGAAAAACCCGAUCUUAUGUUGUCAAUUACAUGUGGUGCUGUACAUGUUGCUGAUCAAACAAUAUAUACUAAAUUUCAUAAUUAUCAAUCAUCAUUAGAACGUGGUCAAAUAUUACCAUUAACAAGUUUGUCUGUUUCGAAUGAUGUUGAACUUAUUAGUGAAAAUGUUAAAUAUAAGUUAAAUGUAACAAAAUGUGGUCCAACUUCGUAUUUUGUUGUUAUGAAUGAUUCUUAUGUUGAAGUUGAAGCUCAUAGAAUGAAUGAUGGUGGAAUAUUGAUUAAUCUGGACGGUUGUAGUUAUAUAACUUAUAUGAAAGAAGAAGUAGGAAGUUAUAGAGUAGUGAUUAAUAAUAAAAGUUGUAUAUUUCAAAAAGAAAAUGAUCCAUCAAUAUUAAGAGCACCGUCAGCUGGUAAACUGCUCCAUUUCACAGUUGAAGAUGGUGGAUUCAUUGACGUUGGUCAAGUCUAUGCUGAAAUUGAAGUGAUGAAAAUGGUUAUGGAGUUGAGAAGUGCUGCAAAAGGAAAUUUACAAUAUGCUAAACGUCCUGGUGCUGUAUUAGAUUCUGGCAGUAUUCUAGCUCGUAUCGUAUUAGAUGAUUCAUCUCAAACACAACAAUUACGUUUGUAUGAUGGAAAAUUUACAUAUGUAACGUUAGAUCGUUUAAAAGGUACAAAAUUAAAUCAAAUAUAUCAAUCAACAAAAGAAGCAUUAGAAAAUGUUUUGGCUGGUUAUACAUAUCCUGAACCAUAUUUUCGUGAACGUUUAAAAGAAAAUGUUGAUAAAUUAUUUAAUAAUUUACGUGAUCCAUCAUUACCAUUAUUAGAAGUACAAGAAAUAUUGGCAACAGUAUCUGCAAGAAUACCAUCACAAGUUGAACAACAAAUAAAAUUAUUAAUGAAAAAUUAUAUGAGUAAUUUAACAUCGGUUCUUGUUCAAUUUCCAUCACAACAAGUAGCAAAUGUUAUUGAUUCAUAUGCUGCUCGACUCGAACGACGUACAGAUAGAGAUACGUUUUUCUCUAUAGUUCAACCACUUGUUGGUUUAGUUCAACGUUAUAGAAAUGGUAUCAAAGGACAUAUGAAAUUAGUUAUAACAGGUUUAAUAAAAAAUUAUUUAAAUAUUGAAACAUUAUUUCAAUUUGGACAAUAUGAUAAAUGUUUAACAGUAUUACGUGAAAAACAUAAAAUUGAUAUGCAUCGUGUAGUUGAACUCGUUUUUUCACAUGCAAAUUAUCCAUCAAAAAAUGCAUUAGUUGUAAUGUUAAUUGAUUUAUUAUUUGCUCGUGAUCCAACAUUAACAGAUGAAUUAACAACAUUAUUAGGUGAAUUAACCAUUUUAAAUAAUCAAAAAAAUGCUAAAGUAGCAUUAAAAGCGAGACAAGUUCUAAUUGCAUUUCAACAACCACCAUACGAAUUAAGACAUAAUCAAAUGGAAUCAAUAUUUUUAAGUGCUAUUGACAUGUAUGGACAUAAAUUAUGUCAAGAUAAUUUACAAAAACUUAUUUUAUCUGAAACAAGUAUAUUUGAUGUAUUACACAGUUUUUAUUUUCAUUCAAAUAUUCAAGUACGACAAGCUGCUCUUGAAGUUUAUGUUCGACGAUCAUAUAUAUCAUAUGAAUUAAACAGUAUUCAACAUGAUUGUUUAUCUAAUGGAAUAUGUACCGUUCAAUUUUCCUUGUAUCUUCCACAUAAUCAUCCAAAUAGAUUAUUUCAACAUCCAUCAUUUUGGGUAUUUCCACGAGCAGCAAGUUUUGGUGAAAAUUUAAGCAGUUUAACUGAUGCGGAUAGUGUCUCAUUUCAACGUAUGGGAAUAUUGGUGGCAUUUGAAAAUUGGGAACAAGGAAAAGACUCGUUUGAUGAAUUAGUAAAUAGUUUUUCAUCGACGGUGUCUGCUGGUCGUACAUCAACGUCUUCUCGAAUGUCUCAUUCUCGUCAAGCAUCAUUUGAUGGUGCAUCUGUCCGUGAAAUAAAUAAUAAAAUGGAUGAAGCAACAAAUUUAAUCUACAUAUUUAUAAAAGAUGAAUCAAAUUUUCAACAUCGUUCUAAACUAGAAGAUACAUUUUUAGAAUUUGUUCAAUCGAAAAAAGAAAUAUGUAAAAAGAAAAAUAUUCGACGUGUGACGUUUUAUUUGGGAGCAAAGCGACAAUUUCCUGUUUAUUAUACAUACCGCAAAAGAGAUGAUUUUCAAGAAGAUAAAAUAUAUCGUAAUCUAGAACCAGCAUUAGCGUUUCAAUUAGAAAUUUAUCGUUUACGUUCAUUUGAUUUGGAAUUUGUGCCUACAUCAAAUCAUAAAAUGCAUUUGUAUUUGGGUAAAGGAAAAGUACAUAAUAAGCAACAUCAUCAAGAUGCAACUGAUCAUCGAUUUUUUGUCCGAUCAAUAAUACGUCAUUCCGAUUUCGUUACUAAAGAAGCAUCAUAUGAAUAUUUACAGAAUGAAGCUGAAAGAACAUUAUUGGAAGCACUAGAUGAAUUAGAAUUAGCCUUUUCACAUCCAUUAGCACGUAAAACCGAUUGUAAUCAUAUAUUUAUGUGUUUUGUGCCCACUGUAUGUAUUGACCCUGUUAAAUUAGAAGAAAGUGUACGUGGUAUGGUAUUACGCUAUGGUGUACGACUAUGGAAAUUACGUGUGUUACAAGCAGAAUUAAAAAUGGUUAUUCGUUUAACACCCGAUUCAGAACAGAUACCAUUUCGUGUAUUUUUAUCGAAUGAUAGUGGUUAUUAUCUAGAAAUAUCACUCUAUCGAGAAGUAACUAAUUCGGAAACAGGUCAAACUAUAUUUCAAAGUUAUCAAGCCGGUAAAACGGGACCUCUUGAUGGAAAAUAUUUACAUGAUCCAUAUGUAACAAAGGAUCAUUUACAAUAUAAACGAUUUACUGCACAAUCAAAUGGUACAACAUAUGUGUAUGAUUUUCCAGAAAUGUUUCGACAAGCUCUUUUACAAACAUGGCGUGUGUAUAUUGAAAAAAAUAAAACGAAAGAACAUAUACCAAUUGAUCUCUUUGAAUAUGAAGAAUUAAUACUGGACAAUAAUGCUGUUAACAAAUUGAACGAUUUAUCGUUUUCUUUAUCACCUGUUGGCACUACUAAUGCGACAGCAACUACACCUUCACCAUCUUUGGCCAAUUCUCCGAAAAUAAAUGAUACAACCGAUGUUGUAUUAACAUCAUCUCCAAUUCCUAACACGGUGUUAACAAACACAAAAUCAACAUCAUUCGCUUCAUUUUCAUCUAGUUUAUUAACACAAUGUGGUCUACAAGCUCGUACACGUUGUCCAGCUGAAAAUGAUUGUGGUAUAAUUGCCUGGCAUAUGAAAUUAAAAACUCCCGAAUAUCCAAAUGGUCGUACAAUUAUUGUAAUUGCCAAUGAUCUCACUUAUAGAAUUGGCUCAUUUGGUAUGGAAGAAGAUUUAUUGUUUCAACGAACAUCUGAACUAGCACGUCUUGAAAAAAUACCCCGAAUUUAUAUAUCAGCCAAUAGUGGUGCACGAAUUGGUCUAGCUGAAGAAUUAAAAUUUCUCUUUCGUAUUGCAUGGAAUGAUGUAGACGAUAAUGAAAAAGGUAUUAAAUAUUUAUAUUUGACAAAAGCCGAUUAUGAACAAAUAGAAAAUUUAAAUUGUGUAAGAACAGAAUUAAUUCAUGAUGAAAAUGAAGUACGAUAUAAAAUUUUGGAUAUUAUUGGAAAAGAAAAUGGUUUAGGCGUAGAAAAUUUACGUGGUUCGGGUAUGAUCGCAGGAGAAACAUCAGAAGCAUACAAUACAAUUCCAACAAUAAGUUUGGUAACUUGUCGUGCAGUUGGAAUUGGUGCUUAUCUUGUACGAUUAGGUUCACGUGUUAUACAAGUAGAAAAUUCUCAUAUUAUAUUAACUGGAGCUGGUGCUCUAAAUAAAGUACUUGGACGAGAAGUGUAUAGUAAUAACAAUCAAUUAGGAGGUGUUCAAAUAAUGUUUAACAAUGGUAUAACACACGAUGUUGUUAAAGAUGAUUUCGAUGGUUGUUUAUUGAUAUUGAAAUGGUUAUCAUACAUGCCAAAAACAAUGUUACAUCCAUCACCUGUCUUAACGAUCAAUGAUCCAAUUGAUCGUCUAAUUGAUUUUAUACCAACAUCAGCACCAUAUGAUCCACGAGAUAUGAUACAAGGACGUCAGAUUAUUUAUACAAAUAAUGAAAUGAUAUUAGGCACAUCUCUAUCAUCUGGAGCUAUACAGACAUCAAACGCAUCAGGAUUAGCAUCUAUUGGACAACAAUCAUCCUCAUCUUCUGCAUCUACAACCACAACAGUAUUUCAAUCUGGCUUUUUUGAUCGAGAUUCAUUUAUUGAAAUAAUGAAAGGAUGGGCAAAAACCGUCGUGACAGGUCGAGCACGUUUAGGCGGUAUACCAAUGGGUGUUAUUGCUGUUGAAACACGUACGGUUGAAUUAGAACAACCUGCUGAUCCGGCUAAUUUUGAUACAGAUGCACGUACUAUUCAACAAGCUGGACAAGUAUGGUUUCCUGAUUCAGCAUUUAAAACGGCACAAGCUAUUCGAGAUUUUAAACGUGAAAAUUUACCAUUAAUGAUAUUUGCUAAUUGGCGUGGAUUUUCUGGUGGAAUGAAAGAUAUGUAUGAUCAAAUAAUUAAAUUUGGUGCUUAUAUUGUGGAUGCUUUGAGAGAAUAUGAACAACCCGUCUUUAUUUAUAUUCCACCACAUGGUGAAUUGAGAGGUGGAGCAUGGGUUGUUGUUGAUCCAACAAUUAAUAUACGUUUUAUGGAGAUGUAUGCUGAUCGUUUAAGUCGCGGUGGUGUACUUGAACCAGAAGGUACAGUUGAAAUUAAAUAUCGUAUGAAAGAUCUUCUUCGCACAAUGCAUCGUCUUGAUCCAUUAUGUCGAGAAUUAAAAAUGAAUAUCGGUAAACAACCAGUAACCACAACAUCAAAUAAUGGUCAAACGUCAAGCUUUUCUUCUUCUCCAUCUGUGCCAACUGCCACACCACCAGUUAGUUGUGCAAAACAUGACUUAGAACGACAAUUAUCUGAACGAGAAAAAUUUCUCACACCCGCUUAUCAACAAGCAGCGAUUAUGUUUUGUGAUUUACACGAUACACCGGGAAGAAUGUUAGAAAAAGGCGUUAUCAGAGAGAUAUUAGAUUGGAAAAAUAGUCGUGAAUUUUUUUAUUGGCGUCUCAAACGUUGUCUAAAUCAAGAUACAGCAAUUAAAUAUGUGUUAAAUGCUGAUUCAACAAUUGAUCAUCAUGCAGCUCUUACAAAAUUACAACAAUGGUUCAUUGAAGAUAAAGGCGAUACAUCUCAUUGGAAUUCUGAUAAAAUUGUUGUCGAAUGGUUAGAACAUCAUUUGUCUGACUCAAACAAUACAUUUGUUGAUCGAUUAAAAAAUAUUCAUAAACAAAAUGCAAUAAAUGGAAUAAAAAAUUUAUUAAAUCAACAUCCAGAUUUAUUACCAAGUAUCAUUCAAAAUAUAACUGAUGAUCAACGAUUAGAAAUUCAACGUUUAUUGAAUUUGACAGAUAAUGUUGAAAUGCUGUUGUUCAAUGAACCAUGGCAAUUAUCAAUUUCAAUAUUUGAACGUUCAUUGGCUUUCAUUAAUUUAGCAGCAUUUUUUUCGUCACUUGUUCAAUGGCGUGGACAAUUUGGAUCAACGGGAAUGUUGCCUGCAAAAGAUUUGAUAAAAAAUUGGAAAUUACGAAAUAUUACAUUUUGGAAACGUCCAACAUUAUGUUUAAUUUGGUCUGAUAGUGAUGAAUUUAUUCAAUAUCUUCAUUAUAUUGGUAUUCUAUCGGCAAUAUUAGCAUUUUUAGGUAUAUUUCCUGGACUAAUGGUAUUAUCAUGUUGGAUAUGUUAUUCAUCUAUUCAUACAAUUUCAAAUAUAUUUAUGGGAUUACAAAUGCAUGCAAAUUUAUUAGAAACAAAUAUGUUAUAUGUAUUAUGUUCUGCAUUUACUAUUGUUCAACCACAACUGUUAGUAUUUAUUCAAUGGACAUUACUAUUUCGGAUAAUGUUUGGCGGUGCAGUGGGAAAAUAUACUGGUGGUGAUGCAUCAUGGAAAGAUGGAACAGCAAUGACAUGGCAUUAUUGGACUCAGCCAUUACCUAAUCCACUAUCGGCAUACUUUUAUCGUAUGCCAUUAUUUGUUCAUAAAAUUGAAACAUAUUUUACCUAUGUUAGUGAAGGUCUUGGCGCAAUAUUAUGUUUUACACCACAAUGUAUAAGAUGGUUAUCAUUUGUAUUAUUUUUCUGCAUUCUCUUUGGAAUUAAUUUUACAGGAAAUUAUGCUCAUUUGGCACCGUUGACAAUAACUGAAAUGAUUCUUUUAUUGAAUGAUAAUGUAUGGACGUCAAUCAUAUCAGUAUUCCCAUUUUCAUCCUAUAUUCUAUCUUUUCUACAUCAAACAUCUAAUACAAGAUUUUCGAUGCCUAAUUUGACUUUAUUUCAAUAUCCCGUAUUAAAUUUAAUUCCAUGGUUAUUAAUUGCCUUACCCUAUUGUUUAAUCUCAUUUAUUCCUUUAAAAUCGACUUUUCAUGAUGAAAAUCCGUUCACUUGGCCAAUAUUUACUCGUUUCACAGCGACACCAUUACGUUUAAGCGAAUAUUUAUUAAAUCAUCCAUACAAUAUUCAAUAUCUAUUACCAUUUUGGAUAAAAUUGAUGGCUUAUUGUGAAUGGGGUUACGAUAACGUUCGAACGUUUCAUUUAUGUGGACGUUAUGUCAAAUUUUCUCAUAUGACAAAACGUCGAUGGGAAAUUAUAAUUGAAGGUUCUAUUGAUGGCAAAGAAUGGUUUGAAUAUGAAUUUAAAUAUAAACCAAGUAAUAUCGAUAAACCGUUACCAAUUGUACCAUUUUGUCAUAUGCCCAAUUUGGAUUGGAGGCUAUGGUUUUUAGCAAAUGAGUUUGCUCGUGGUUCACAAGCUCCUCAAUGGUUUAUGACAUUUUUACAAAGAAUUCUUCAGCACGAUCAAUAUGUGUUACAAUUAUUAGGUUUUAUACCAGAAAUAUUUCGUGAAAAUCCACCGAAAUAUGUUCAAGCAGUAUUGUAUGAUUAUCGCUACAGUUAUAAACGUGAAUUAGAUAAAGCAUCUGAGACUGCUCCAUUUCAAAUUGGUCGUGUUUGGUAUAGAAAAGCCAGAAUUGGUAUCUAUGCUCAAAUGUCUGCGAAUGAAAAAACUAUGACCGCUAAAUCAAAAUGA